GAAGAAGAAGAAGCAGCAGCAGCAAAAGUAGAACGCAUUCCUUAAUUCAUCUGAGUUUAUUUUCUCAGUUUCAUACACACACAAAUUGAAACUGCACUGUGUUUUGUUCCUGCUGUAGGAACUUUUACACGGCGGUCAUUAUGGAGGAGAACCAGGAAGUGAUAUCGAGCACAACAAGCGCCAGAGUGAACAUUUGUGAGGUAGAAAGUGUGGCUAAGUCGUGGAUGAUUGACUUCAGCUUCCUGUCAUUGUGUCGCUACUACAAAGAGCAAAACGUCGAGAAAUUUAGCAAAACGUUAAAAGUGUUUGAAGCGAUGAUCGACGACGAGUACCAGCUUCAGGACAAUCAGCAAACGAAGAGAACCAUCUGCUGCUUGCUUUCCAGGAUAAUGGAUGGCAAAAACUUGGAUGUGCAUUACGACCUGAAUAACAUAGUGACUCCUCUGAUGUCGGCUCUCUCCGUGUGGGACUGCCUGAAGGACACCGCAAACGACGAUGCACUGUACGACAACAUAAAGAACCUGUUAUUUAUUCAGUGUGUUGGUGUGUGUUUGGAGAAAGGAAACGCUCAGCUCGCAGCACACACACUGCAGUGGUUAGAGAAAGAGAGUGAUAUACCGCAGAAACUGCAGAGGAAACUGUCCACCGUUGUGUCUAAGAAGGAUGUGUACAAUCAGCUCCUAACAAGGUUCUCCUUUAAUCACCUACAGAAGAGCGUGAACUCGUUCUUGGACGCAUUCAUCGAAAAACACCCUUCUGACUUCUUAUUUAAGGCUGCCUCCAAAGUGGUACAGGUUCGUCAGGAGAGACCGGAGCAGGCCGAUGUGGAUCAGAACAAUGAGGAACUAGAACCGGACAGUCCUGUAAAGCCUGAGAUAAACGCUGUUUCAUCAGAGCUUAAUCUGAGACCCAAAAAGAAGCUUUUCUCCAAUAAAACUCUUCAUCCCUGGAAACCAGAAAGCACAAAGAAACUGCAGUGUCUUCCUCAUCGAACAGACAAAUUAAAAGUAUCCAGAAGGAGUUGUAAAGUGCCGCCACCGUCACAGAAAAACAACAUUUCCAAAUACCGAUCCAAGAAGAUGUGGAUCAGCGAGGAGGACCAAUACCUGAAGGCCGGAGUGAAGAAGUACGGUGAAGGGAAGUGGUCCAAAAUCCUGGAGGAGUUUGAUUUCGGAGAUCGGACCAGCGUCAUGCUGAAGGACAGGUGGAGGACGUUAAAGAAACAAAUGAAGGUUUGAAUCUCUGAACUCAGAGCUCAGAAUUUAUACGUUUUUUUUUUUUUUUUUUUAUGUAAUACUGAUGCUUUAAGGAUCCUGUAAUGAUGCUGUGCCAUCUAACAGAUUCUGAUUCAUUUCAAAGUUAUUAGAUGAAAUAAAACUCCAAAUAAACAAGGGAGUUGCAUUUAAAGAUGCCUGAAUGUGGAACCUUUGCUACAGAAAUGUACAUAUAACAUUUUGUUACUGUUUAUUAUGAGUGACUGUAAAUAAUGUUUUUACAAUUGUUUUUUUUUUUUUUAACUAUAAGCAUGCAAAAGUGAAUGCUGAAGCUUACAUUGUACAGAAAUAUUGCAUACAAAUGCUCCAAAUAAACAGGAUUGGAUGUA